AUGAAUGACUGAUUGUACGUCAGUGAGUGGCCGUCUGGUGGUUUGCGUGAGAAAAUUUUUCAUUGAUCAAAAUAAAAAGAACAAACUCGUUUUGAUUUUAUUUUUUUCGUCAAACAUUUAGCAAAAUAUUGCUAUAGUGAAGUGAUGUACUAGUUCAAUGAUUUAUGCAUAUAAUUGAGCAUAAUUGAAAUACUUAUCCGCUAGGAGUCAAUAGAAGGGGCGACGCAAUGACCGACAAGGGGACGACCACGGCCCAGCCGCUGGUACAGAUAGGUUACUACACCCUGGGGGCCACCCUGGGAACGGGGACCUUCGGGAAGGUCAAAAUCGGCGAGCACACAAAAACGAAGCACAAGGUGGCUGUUAAAAUCCUGAAUCGUCAGAAGAUCAAGAGCCUGGAUGUGGUCGGAAAAAUUCGUCGCGAAAUUCAAAACCUGAAGCUGUUCCGACAUCCGCACAUAAUCAAAUUGUACCAGGUGAUAUCCACCCCAACCGAUAUUUUCAUGAUCAUGGAAUAUGUCAGCGGAGGCGAGCUGUUCGAUUACAUCGUAAACAACGGCAAACUUCAGGAAACGGAAGCGAGACGGUUCUUCCAGCAGAUCAUUUCCGGGGUGGACUAUUGCCAUCGCCACAUGAUUGUACAUCGCGAUUUGAAGCCGGAGAAUCUCCUGUUGGAUCACAACAGGCAUGUAAAGAUUGCCGAUUUCGGACUUUCCAACAUGAUGCUCGAUGGAGAGUUCUUGCGAACUUCUUGUGGUUCACCGAACUAUGCAGCGCCGGAGGUUAUCUCCGGAAAGUUAUACGCUGGUCCAGAGGUGGACAUUUGGUCGUGUGGAGUUAUUUUGUACGCUCUGCUGUGCGGAACGCUUCCAUUUGAUGACGAGCACGUUCCGACGCUGUUUAGGAAGAUCAAAUCUGGUAUUUUCCCCAUUCCGGAGUAUUUGAACAAACAGGUGGUGAGCUUGCUCUGCCAGAUGUUGCAGGUCGAUCCGUUGAAGAGGGCAACUAUUGAAGAAAUUAAGAAACAUGAAUGGUUCCAAAAGGACCUGCCGGCGUAUUUAUUCCCUUCCCCGGUAGAGCAGGAUAGCAGUGUCAUUGACACCCAUGCGGUUUCGGAAGUAUGCGAGAAGUUUGGCGUCAAGGAACAAGAAGUACACAACGCACUACUAAGUGGCGAUCCGCAUGAUCAGCUGGCCAUUGCAUACCAUUUGAUCAUUGACAACAAGCGCAUCGCUGACGAAGCUGCAAAGGCGGAACUAAAAGAUUUUUACGUGGCAGUAAGUCCUCCGCCUGCUCCACCGGUACAACCGGAGCGUCACACUCCGGUCAACGAACCCUUCAAGUCGCCCUCGAUUCAUCCGGAAAGAAUUGCACCUUUAAGAGAGAGACCGGCCACUACCGGAAGUGCCCCGAUUCCUUCGCCAAACAUUACGGCGACGGCCAUGCCAAUCGACAAACACCGCGGGACACCGGUCAAGCGGGCCAAGUGGCAUCUCGGCAUUCGGUCUCAGUCCAAACCCAACGAUAUCAUGCUGGAAGUUUAUCGUGCAAUGAAGGCCCUUGAUUUUGAGUGGAAAAUAAUCAAUCCCUACCACGUGCGCGUCCGGAAGUACAACUCGCGCAACGACAAAUACGUGAAGAUGUCCCUUCAGCUGUACCAGGUGGACACCAAGAGCUACCUGCUGGAUUUCAAAUCUCUCACCAACGACGAGGUGGAACAGGGCGACGAUGUGAUCAUGGAGAGCCUUACCCCUCCGCCGCCGGUGGGAUUCGGCGGAAUGGGCAUACCGAACCAACCGACCGGACACCAUACGAUGGAGUUCUUCGAAAUGUGCGCUGCUCUUAUUAUUCAACUAGCUCGUUAGAACAAACAUCUGCUGCGCGCAUAAGCGUUUAGUUGGCCGAAGAUGCCAUUUGUUGAUAGAUCAGUAUCCAAAGUUUAUUUUAUGUAUUAAUGAGAAAAUGAUCAAUAAAAUUGCCAUUGAAUAUAUACAGCAA